AUGGCUCCACGGGCAACUCGACGGACUGUUGAUGAAAUUGAUAGAGAAUUUGAUGAGUUGGCCUCUGUUUUAUCAGAUCCAAGGGAGCAGUUGAUCACCUCUGGGGAAAGAACAAGCAGGUUACGUCCACGUGCCUCUCGAGCUGAUAAUACAAGUGAUCAUUUGGAUUCAGAUGUGGCCAUGGACAAAAACAUUCAAAUAAAUUCUGCCGCACACAACACUGAAGACCUUGCUAAGAAGAGUGGUAGAAAAGUUACAAUUAAUGAUCAACUUCGCAAGAGAAGAGCAAAAGGAAAGCAUAUUGAUAUAAAGUUCCCUAAAGAAUUUGCAAAAGUGUGUGGAGAACAUGCUAGUUUAUUUAAAAGUGAGAUAACAGUUCUUGUAAGAACUGUACCACUCCAAGUGAAGAAGUGGAGGGACAUGGAUAAGUUUCAUCCUGGUACUACUGCAUCUGUUUGGAGAAAACUAAAGCAAAAGUUUCCUGAGCUUUCAGAAGAAGAUAAAGAUUGUGCCAUGAGACAAAAAAGGAGCAACCAAAACUCUAUCAAUAGAGGAAAGCAAGAGAUGGGGUCCAAAGUAGGAACUAAAUCAAUUGCUCAAAUCGCUUACGAUCUACGAGACCCAGAAACUGGUGAAUGGCCUACUGCUAUGCAAGUUUGGAGGGCUACAUAUCAAAAGGCUAAUGGGACAUGGUCCAUUCCAACGGGUGAAGAAAUAAUGACCAAACUACAUGAAGCUGCUAGGAUACAUCAAGAAAAGAUUUCUUCUGCGCCCGUGCCAAUAGUAGAGCACUUCGCACUAGUUCUUGGUCGAAAGCCAAACAAUUCACGUGGUGUUGGCAUUCGUGCCGGAAACCGAUUGGCUGAGGAAAGAAUCAGAUUGCAGGCGCAAAUUGAGGCUUCUGAACAGCGUGAAGCUGCAGCUCGAGAACGUGCAGAUGCUGCUGAGCAAUGUGCUGAGGCUGCUGAGCAAUGA